AUGCUCUACUUGACGUCCGAUGACUUUCCAAUCUUCGUACCAUUUGGAGUUAUUGGUUUCUACCGAUACCUCUGGUACAUAAUCCGUAUUAUUGCUUCCUCCACCUACCGCCCUGUCCCCCUCCCCGAAAACCCUACCUAUGUCGCCUCUGAAGAUGUUACCAUCAUCGUACCCACGAUCGAUGCCGGUGAAGAAUUCAAGGAAGCAGCCCACAGUUGGCUCGCCGGCAAACCCAAAGAAAUCAUCAUCAUAACCGAAGAAAAAAUGCUCAUUCCUCUCCAAGAACUAGCCAACGCUGUUGAUCCGGAACGUAUUCGCGUCCUCACCGUCCCUUACGCGAAUAAGCGAUUGCAGAUGUCACACGGGAUUAGGAAUACUACCACAGAUAUUAUUGUCUUUGCAGAUGACGAUGCUAUUUGGCCACCGACCCUUUUGCCAUAUGUCCUUGCUUGUUUCGAGGACCAGAAAGUUGGAGGCGUGGGCACAGCUCAGCGCGUCCAGCCCGUAGGCGAACGCAUGACUGUCUGGGAAGUCCUCGCGGCAUUCCGUCUGACAAUCCGUAACAUCGAAAUCAGCUCAAGCACGCACAUCGAUGGUGGUCUUCCAUGUCUCUCGGACCCCGAGUUCCUCCAUGGUUUCACGCAUGACUACUGGCUUGGCAAGUACCAGUUGAACUCGGGCGAUGAUAAAUUUUUGACGCGGUGGAUGGUGAGCCAUGGAUGGAGUACCUACGUCCAAUGCUGUAAAGAGGCAGAAUUGUUGAGCACGAUGAAGCCGAACUGGAGAUUCUUGAAACAGGUGUUACGGUGGACGCGAAAUACCUGGAGAAGUGACCUGCGGUCAUUAUUCACGGAGCGAUAUAUUUGGACCUCACAUCCAGUCGACAAGCUCUUCAACCCCUUCACGCUCCUGGUAGGACCUUGCCUCGUCGGGUAUCUUAUCUGGAAAAGUACCAUUUCCGUCGAGGAUGGUGGAUACCAUCUACCUUGGUGGAACAUCGUUCUGUCCUACCUCGUCUGGCUUCUUGCAACCCGUACCGCUAAGCUCCUCCCGCAUCUCUGGCAUACACCCAGCCACAUCAUCUACGUCCCCGCGUUCAUCCUCUUCGGGUACUACUUUGCGAUCAUGAAGCUGUAUGCCCUUUUCACGCUCCAUGAAACUGGGUGGGGAACUCGUGCAGGCAUCGGUGAUCCAACAAAGGCGACAGCCGCCACGGACGCUGGUGGUGUUGGUGUUAGCGUGGUACAGGAAAAGGUCUACUUUGACGCGCCAAGUUCACCGACGCCGUACUCAAGCCGUCGGACCUCGUACCGCCAGCCAGCAGUAGAGAUGCAGACUGGUUAUACCCCACAAGCAGCAUACAGUGGGCAGGCGGCGUAUGCACGGUGA